UCCAAAUUUAAUUAAUAGCAUAAAGUAACACACAAAUUAACACAUAUAAAGUAUCUAAAUUCAAAAUCAAUAUUGGAAUUACAUGUUACUUUAAACUGCUUACAGAGAUAUCAGUCAAUACAUUAAGCAUAAAAGUCAAAACUUAAAGUAAAUAUUAACUCUGAUGUAUGCAAAAACAGCUAGUAAUUACGCUGAUAACUUAAAAUAGUAAUUUCAAAACUUUAAAAAAUUGAAGAAACGAAUUAUUUUUUAACGUUUGAUGUUUUUAAUCAAAUUGAAUGAGGAGUAUAAUUAGAAGUUGGAUAAUGAAUCAUAGUUGAUAAAAGUACCACGACCGAUAAUGUCUGCUGUUCAAUCGCCAUGCCAAUUGCAACCCCCUUCUCUUACCCUUCAAAGUGGCAUGAAUACUCCAUUAUUCCACACACCUAAGUUACUACGAAACUCAGCGAUUUUAAAGGCACCAAUCGCCAACGCGCCUGGUGGAAUGCAAUAUCGUUGUGAAAUUUUAAUUUCAAACGACCUAAUAGGAUGCGUGAUUGGAAGGGGAGGUAAUAAAAUCAACGAGAUUCGGCAGGCUUCGCAGGCAAAAAUCAAAAUUUCUAGUGGUGAAGAGGGUAUUAAUAUCCGCCGAGUGAUAAUCACAGGAACUCUGAAUGCAGUACAGUCUGCUCAUUCGCAAAUUAGUAACAGUAUUGAGUUACACAAACAUAUAUUGGCACUAAACAUAGCAAUGAAGAAUGUGUUUUGCUCGAGGAAUGACUUCAAAGAAGAGUUAACAGACCAAUCUAAUAAAACAUCUAACCACUCCUCAGAUGAUCUAACUGAAAAUUCUGGAAUAAGCAUUAAUAGUGACUUCCAAAGUCACACUUCUAAUCGAAAGAAUCUACCAAUAAUAAUAAACGACGUGUCUGCUGGAUUAUCUGAUGCUCAAAAUAUGAAAUCUAUGUAUUCAUGUAGAAUACAGUCAGACUUACGAAAAAGUCAAAAUACCGUUCUCCAUUCAGCACCCGAAAGAAGAGAAGCCGCAUUCCGAUACGAAAAAGAAUGUUCGCCCUUCUGUUGGGAUCGACAAGGCAGUGGUUUGCAAGUACCCAGAGAAUCUAGAAUUGGAAGUAUCACCCAAACAACACGAAUAAGUACACCAAUCCUAUCUGCUGACUUAUUUAGACAGAAAGCCCAUUUGGACGUAACAGACAUGAAGCAACUAAGUCCACGUAAUGUUCUUAAUUUUAUUCAAAAGCUGCAACACACUUCCCAAUAACUUGGGAUUUAUCAAACAUCAAGGAAAACGACAACUACAUAGGAUUUUAGUUAUACCUUCUUUAAAGAUCAUUAUUAAUAUUCGAACCAUCUUUUUAUGAUAUCCGCAAGUCAUUAAAUUAUUUUUGAUAGGUUGUCGAAAACUGUCGCAAUAACUUACAUAUUCUUAAAUUUAAAAAAUAAGUGUUCACAGUUCUAUAAGAAAAUUCAAUUCUUAACCUAGUUACUCCAUCCAUUUAGAUUAAUAUAUUAUAGUUUCGUUUAUGUCCUGAUAAGUUUCAAGUCACAGAUAAUCAAAAUCUAUUUAGAAUGAUUACCGAUGUGUGUACCGUGGAUAUUACUGGAUAAAAACAUACAUAUUCAUUCAGUGUACCACUUUUCUUGACUUUCAUUUUGCAUCAAUAUUGUAAUCAACCUAUAAUAUAGUAUCAGAUGAUUUUUCAAUCGAAAUUCAAUUACUUCUGAUAUAAUCAUGCUUUAUCACCAAGUUGAUUGGAUGCGAAACUACCAGCCAUUCAUGUUAAACAUAAGUGAAAGAUAAAAUAUUCGCCGACAGUUAAAGUACUGGUGAGGCGUCGUUGGGUGAAGAAAAACGGCUAACCACUAGCUCCUGAUUUUUAAUUAUUUCGCUGAAGACUAAAGUCAGAUGAGAUGCACUCGUGCACUCAACCAUAAAUGAUAAAGGACAUGAAAUGCUUCUUCAUAAUUUACACUAAGAGCACAAUAGAUAUUUCCCGAAAACUUGUCGGUGUUUCUUUGCAUUUACCUGGUUGAAAAGCUGACUCCGACUCAACUUUCCAUUCUAUGGUGAGCAACUUAGUGAGAGUAUCAAUCAGUUGUUUUCAGGAAGCAUAUUUUAUCCAAUGAAUUACUUCUAUAUUUUAGAGUAAUGGGAUAAAAUAAGCUUUUUGUGAACUGGUUAACCUAUUUGUUUUAAACCCUGUUCAUUAAAAUCAAUGAUCAACC